AUGGCGCGCAUCGCCCUUCUCGCGCUUGCGCUCGUCGCUUACGCUUCGGCGAGCUUCGUCCCCGUUGUUCGCCAGCCCGUCGCUCUCAGUGAUGUUAUUGGCACCUUCCGAAGAAUUCUUCCCUCUUCUCUCGCUGGCCCGGAAUGCCCCCUCCAGAUCUCGCAUAAUGAGACUGUCGCCGAAGGCGCCGAGGGCGGCACCCUCUCCCAUGAUGUCAUGACGAUCAACGGGAACGACUGCAACGAUGGUGGUGAGAUGACUAUCUUCUCGGACGCCGCCGCUCUCAUGAGCGAAAUCGAUGAUGAGCAGACGAAGAGGUUCCUCGAAGAUUUCGAGCGUACUGGUGUCGAGUUCAUCUACGGCCUGGAGAAGGAGGGUCGCAACUGUGGACGUGGAGCAAGGGUUUUUCUCAAGCCUCAGACUGUUGUCCUCAUCUUCAACCCGGAGAAUGUCGUGUCCCCAGUUGGCGAUGUCUUCCGACCUGGCAAGGUUUACAUGGUUGUCAUCGAACCGGAGACAGUCGGCGGCAUCUGCUCGUACGAGCAGCGUAAAGCUGGUCCUGGUCCUGGUCCUGGUCCCGGUCCCGGACCAGGUCCGGUCAGCGAGAGUCCCGAAGUUGUACCAGUGCCCAGCGAGUCUCCCGAACCUGACAAUAAUGGUGGCGGCAACAGGCCCCCUGGCGGCCCUGGCAUCGGCACCGACGCCGAACCUGCCGAGAGUGCCGGACCAGUUCUUGUUCCGGACAGCGGGAGUCCCGAACCUCCAAUCGACAUUGAACUUGCCGAUGCCUCAGGAAGUCCUGAGCCUUCGGCCAGUGAUGAAGAUGAUGAUGACGACGAUGAUGAUAGCGUCUGCUUCCCUGCAGACGCUUCUGUCGAACUCGAAAAUGGAUCUUUCAAAACCAUGGCACAGGUUGAACUCGGUGACAGGGUGAAGGUCGCCGAUGGAUCAUUCUCCGACGUGUUCAUGUUCACGCACAAGGAUGCUUCCGCUGUCCACGACUUCGUUCGUAUCUCAACUCGAUCGGGUGCUUCCCUCUCGGCUACGCGUGGUCAUUACAUCUACAUUAACAAUGCUUUCGCCGCAGCCGGUUCCGCGAAGGUUGGUGAUACCUUGGAGCUUGGAGAUGGUUCAAAGACUCUUGUGAGCAACGUUGGCAUUGUGAAGGGCACGGGUCUCUUCAACCCGCAGACCGUGCAUGGAGAUAUUAUUGUGAACUCUGUUCGCGCAUCCACCUUUACGCGAACGAUCGAGCCGUCUGCCGCCCAAGCUAUGUUGGCGCCUCUCCGCAUGCUGUACGACACUUUCGGUAUUUCAACUGCGUUCCUGAACAACGGAGCGGACAGUAUCGCUUCGGUUCUUCCUAAGGGCCAGGUUGCCUUGUAAGAUUGAAAUGGCAUUUUAGGAGACUUGGACAGCAAUUUCGGCGGUCCACAUGCCAUCUGUGACAGGCCAAAGGGUGAGCUUCUCGCCUGUGGGCGCUCCUUUUUAAUCCCCUUGCACAUUUCUGUGUAAACGGGCGAGGAACACGUCUCCUUGCUUUAUGAUUAUGCGAUUUCCAGUAUUAUGGGGUAGUCCGCGGUAGUAAUGAAAGCACAGUAUGUCUGCGUUUUUCGGACGCGAACAUUGGUAAAUAUAUUAUUGGUGUGACCAGCCCAAAAAACCUAAGAAAAGCCGGCACCCAUUUUGCAGGAA